AGCCGAGCGAGGAGGGAAGUGCGUCUUGUCGCGUUUCGGUCAUUGUGCUUCGGGAGUCACGUGGAGAAGCUGUAUUCAAAGGACUAUUUUUGUGUUUCUCGAGUGACUGCGUGAUCUGUUAUUACGUUAGCUGUGUUCUACGAAGAGGCUUGAAAAUGAUGGUGGACCAGUUGUCACUAUGGUAGAAAAAAAAUCUUUGCAAGACGGAGAUAACACUAUAACAUGUACGAUUGUGUGAGGAAACAGUGCUCCAGAAUGGGGAUUAUUUUCAUCUUCUGUAUCCUGGGAUUUGUCGCGGCAAAUGAAGGAGGGCCGCCUGUCAUCACGGAGCACCCGAGCAACGUAGUGGCGCGGCGCAACGACCCCGCCACCCUCAACUGCGCCGCCUCCGGAGCCAGCCGCAUCCGCUGGUACCGCGACGGCGAGGAGGUGACCACAUCGACGCUAGACACCCGGUCCCACCGCGUCCUCCUGCUGUCAGGCUCUCUCUUCUUCCUCCGCGUCACCGCCACCAGGAGGGACAACGAUGCCGGAACUUACUGGUGCGUGGCAUCCAACAGCUACGGUGCCACUCGCUCGCGCAGUGCCACUCUCACGGUCGCGUUCCUCGCUGACGAAUUCCAAGCUGAGCCGGAGUCGUCGGUGAAGGCACGGGUGGGCGAGCCCUUAAUUCUGCCCUGCCAGCCGCCCAAGGGGUCGCCGCCCCCCGAGCUGACCUGGCUCAGGGACGGGGAGGAGGUCACGAACUCAAGUCGGGUCAAUGUGCUGGCGACGGGAGACCUGGUCAUCAGCCAGGUCGUGGAGGAGGACUCGGCUGUGUACAUCUGCCGCGCCCGGAACGCAGCCGGCAGCAGGGAGUCGGAGCCCUCCAAAGUCAUCAUAAUGACGCCGCCCUGGUUCGAGGAGCGUCCUGCGAAUGUGACCGUCGCCUCGGGCGUGAUGGUGGAGCUGGCGUGCCGCGCCCGAGGCUCGCCCACGCCCACAGUCACCUGGCGGCGUCUCGACGGCAAGAUGCCGCUCGGCCGCGCUAUGAUCGAGGACCAACGGCUGGUGCUGGACCACGUGGCGGCUGCCGACUCCGGCGUGUACGUGUGCGAGGUGGAGAGCGAGGCAGGGAUCGCCGCGGCCCGAGCCACUCUCACGGUCGUUGACGCCCCCGAACUAACGCAGAAACCCCAGGACGUCCAGGUCGUGUCCGGCGAGAGAGCCAAGCUAUCAUGCGUCGUGAACGGCGACCCGAAGCCCUUUGUGCUGUGGCGGCUGCCCGACGCGGACAAGACGGCGCUCCUCUCGGCGGGGCAGUCGAGCGGCCGCGCGUCCGUCGACGGGAGCAGCCACACGCUGCUGCUCCAAGACGUGACCACGGAGGACAGCGGAGCAUAUCACUGCUGGGGAAUCAGCAACGGUGGGGGCGUGACCGCGCGGGCGGAGGUGACGGUGGUGUCAGCCCACCCUCCUCCCGUGGUGGGCGUGGGGCCUGAGGAUCUGAAACUCGUUCCUGGUGAUAUCGCGUCCUUCCCUUGCGAGGCCGUCAGCGAAGCCGCGACGCCCACCAUCACCUGGUGGUACCGGCCAGCCGCCCACCUCCCUGCCCGCCAGUUGACAGCUGAGGGCGACGACGCCAGGAUCUCUCUUCCCACUAACGGCGCCCUCAUCCUGAAGGAUGUACAAGCCGACGACGCUGGGAUUUACACCUGCCACAUCACUGCAGACACCGGCAGCGUGGAGCAAGCAGCGAUCCUACGCAUCGUGGACGAGCCUUCCCUUCAGGAAUCGUUCCUGCUUCCCGCCCCCCCGUCAAAGCCGCGGGUGAUGGCCGUCAACGAGACCGCGGUGCGUCUCACCUGGCUGCCGAACUCACGAGUCAGUGAGAGCUCGAGUCUGUCAUAUACUGUGGAAUACUGGCGCCAGGGAUGGGAGGAGUGGCGCGUGGCGGAGGCUCUCAUCCCUCAGGAAACUUGUGUACUGGGAAAUUUAGCCCCAGGAUACACCUACACAUUCCUAGUUCGCGCCGUUACCGAAAGAGGAGCGUCCUUUCCUAGCCCCUGGUCCGACCCAGUCACGACCCGCUCCUCCCGCGACCCAGCUCUCUCCGAGGACCAGCUCCGCCACGUUCGACGCCGCCUCUCACGCCCCGCAGUCACCCUCAACGACGCCGUCAUCACCGCUCCCGAUAGCGUUCUCCUGACUUGGGAAUUCCUUCCUUCUAUGGAUGAGGCUGUCGAGGGCGUCCUGGUCUACACGCUGUCCGAGAGGGGCACCGUGCAAGUAGCCACCGUCCUCGGGUCGUCCUCCUCGUCCCACCUCCUCCACGACCUCACGCCAAACACUCACUUCACUAUCUUCUUAGUUCCGUUCUGGCGGAGUGUGGAGGGGACGCCGUCGAACUCCCACACAGUCUUCAUGCCUGAAGAUGUGCCAUCGACUCCACCGAGUGACGUGAGAGUGACUCAGCGAGAAGAGGGUUUUAUCCUGAUAACUUGGGCGACGCUGACCGUUGAGCAGGCUCGGGGCGAGGUCAUCGGGUACCAGGUGACACUUACCCAUAAUGGCACCCAGACGUUAGAGACAGUGCAGAGCCCCUGGUUAGAAGCUCGAGGUUUGGCACCUGGCCGUCUGUACACGGUCCGCGUCGCUGCCCAAACAGCCGCCGGCCUCGGCCCGUUCUCCGCCCCCGUGUUGAUGGACGUGAGCUCAGCCGACUCACACACACAGGAGGCAGACGAAAAGGACGACGAUGCCUCCGUACUUUAUGCUCCUCCGCAGCCCGCUUGGCUCGUCUACUUGCUGAUACCGCUUGUACUGCUGCUGUCGAUGGGCACUUUGCUCUACGUCCGGAGGCUGAGGGGGAAGUCCACGCCCACGAACCCUCCUCACGCCCCGGCGCUUUACCAGGACCCGUCCCUGUACCCUGCCCAUCACUCCGUCAACAUGUACGGCGAGCAGAAGCUGUGGCGGCCGAGCGAGAGCGACAAGGAAUCCAGCUUGUCCUCCACGCGCCUCCUCCGUCCCGAGCAGCUGGUGAACGAGUACGCCGAGCCCAGGAUCCAGCGAGCCAACGAAACGACAGAGCCUUACGCCACGACGGCGCUGCUGGUGGCUCCUUCUUCGCCCCGGAUGACGCAUGCGGCUCCCUGGCGACACCAGAGUGACGACUCGGGCGUGCAGGUCAACUGGGCAGCCUUCUUGCCCCCGCCCCCCGCCUGCCCCCCUCCCCGAGACUUUGACAUGGGGGACCCCGUUGGAGCCAGCGACUUCUGCGGAGGAGUCUACAGGGUCGUCACACCUUCCUCCUCGCAGUACGACAACAUGGCCGGCUCGGAGCAGUACGAACGACCCUGCGACGCCACCUCUGAACACACGUACGACAUCUACACGCAAGUAGCACCAGUCGACAACCGCGGCGGCUUCCUCACCUUCAACACCCUACAGGCGCGCGACCACAGGCGAGCUCGGUCGGAGUCACAGCCGCCCGUGCCGGGAGACCCUCCGCAGAGCAACACUCACUAAGCCCUCAGUGCGGCUUCUUUAUCGACUGUGAUGUGAAAGUAAAAUUCUAUAAUGCAUGCGUCUGAGCUCGCCGGCUAAAGGUCACGAAGUAUAGUGGAAUAACUAUUCACGAACGCUCUUCUCUUAGAGUGCCUUGUGUACCAAAGUGAGAAAAAAGAAAAGUAAAAGUGGACGAGCAAGACAAUAUGACACGAAAGGUGUGUCGACAGACAGUGGCGGCGUGUCAGGAUGGUGACGCUUCCCUACCCCUCGUCGGUAGGAAAGCACGUCACGCGCGGCACAACCGCUCGCCCCAGAGGCCCCAGUGACGACUCCUUGCAAGAGUUUCCCCGUGCUUGUGUGUGUCCAGUACUUCCGUUUUUAUAUGCGUGUGCGUAUAUGUAUAUGGAUAUUGCAAUAUAUAUAUAUAUAUAUAUAUAUAUAUAU